CCACGUGACAGAAAAUGGCGACCUCCUGUUCAUCGCAAUCAGUGAAAUAAAAAGUUGACAAAACUUCACCUAUAACUGUUACCCGACUCUUAAAACAAAUCACAGGGAGAUGUCGUUAAAACCAAGAAAAGUAGACUUUGAUACAACAUGGUGUGUACUCCUGGAGACGGUCAAAAGUGUUAUUACCUGUGCUAAGGUUAACAGAACAACUUGGAAUGAUAGAUUUUCAGAUGUCUAUGCAUUGUGUGUAGCUUGUCCAGAACCACUUAGUGACAGACUUUAUGUAGAAACAAAACAAUUCUUAGAAAACCAUGUACAAGAACUUUACCAGAAUGUUAUUCAACAUGGUGAUGAAAGUUAUUUAAGCCAAUACCAUAAAUACUGGGAGGAGUAUAGUAGAGGCUCAAGUUUCCUAAAUCUUUUGUAUGGAUAUUUGAAUACUACAUUUAUAAAGAAACAGAAAUAUAGUGAAGCAGAUCUCAGUUAUGGAGGAUUCUCUGUAGAGUCAGCUGAUCAGAAGUUAGAAAUAGGAGAGCUUGCCCUAGAUACCUGGAAAAGAUUUAUGGUAGAGCCUCUGAAGGACCCAAUAGUGAAACUUUUGUUAGCAGACAUUAAAAACGACAGAUUGAGCAGUACUGUUCAUCAAACAGUUCUCCAUGGUGUUAUAAAUUCAUUUGUCAAUGUGGAGGAAUAUAAAAAGAAACAUCCAUUACAACUUUAUGAAGAAGUGUUUGAAGCUCCAUUCAAGUUAGAAACUGGAGAUUUUUACAGAGUAGAGGCAGCUAAACUCAAAGAUGAAUGCAACUGUUCAGAAUUCAUGGAAAAGGUUAUUAUAAAAUUAGACAAUGAAGAUUUUAGGAGUAGGAAAUUUUUACAUCCCAGCUCGUACAGCAAAGUAACACAUGAAUGUCAACAGAGAAUGGUGGCUGAUCAUCUACAGUUCUUACAUGGAGAGUGUCGAGAAAUGGUCAGGGUAGAAAAAAGAAAAGAUUUAUCAAACAUGUACCAAUUGUUGAAACCAAUACAUGGAGGCCUUGGUGUACUGAUACAAGAGAUAGAAACACAUAUCAAAAACACAGGCUUAGAGGCUGUUAAAAAUCUUAAGGGAGAUAAUAUACCAGGACAAUUUGUAGAGUCUAUUUUAGAAGUCCAUGGUAAAUAUACAGAACUCAUCAAAGUUGUCUUUCAUGCAGACCAGCAAUUUGUUGGUGCUUUAGAUAAGGCUUGUGCUGCUGCUAUUAAUUAUAAACAGAAUCCUAGACAUGGUUGUAAAUCCCCAGAGCUGCUUUCAAGAUACUGUGAUAAUUUACUAAAGAAAAGUUCUAAAGGUAUAUCAGAGAAUGAAUUAGACGACAAACUAGCCAAUUGUAUAACUGUGUUCAAAUAUCUGGAUGAUAAAGAUGUUUUCCAAAGGUUUUAUUCUAAAAUGUUGGCCAAACGUUUGAUAUAUACACAAUCAGCAUCAAUGGAUGCAGAGGAAGCAAUGAUAAAUAAACUAAAGCAAGCCUGUGGUUAUGAAUUUACAAACAAACUCCAUAGGAUGUUUACAGAUAUGAAUAUAAGUACUGGUUUGAAUAAUGACUUCAGUGAUUUCCUUAAAAAGCAGAAUGUAUCAGAACUGGGAGUUAACUUUUCUAUAUCAGUGUUACAGGCUGGAGCAUGGCCAAUUGGACAGAGUAAUUUACCAACAUUUGCAAUACCUCAAGAGUUAGAAAAGAGUGUUAGAAUGUUUGAAACAUUUUAUAGUGGGAAAUUCAGUGGUAGAAAACUCACCUGGUUGCACAGUUUUUGUAAUGGUGAAUUGAAGUUUAAUCAUUUAAAAAGACCUUAUUUUGUGUCAAUGGGGACAUUUCAAAUGGCUAUCUUACUGUUAUUUAAUUCAUCAGACUCUUUAAAACUUAGUGAUAUAAUGGAACACACCAAAAUGUCAGAGGCCGAGCUCAAAAAACAAUUACAAACCUUAACAGAAACCAAAAUCGUAGUUUUAGAGGAUGAUGCCUCUCUUGAUAGUGCACUAACUUUGAAUUUAAAUUAUAACAAUAAACGUACGAAGUUCAAGAUAACUUCUGCAUCACAGAAAGAAACACCGCAGGAAAUAGAACAGACACAUAAUGCAGUAGAUGAAGACAGGAAAAUGUAUCUACAGGCAGCCAUUGUUAGAAUCAUGAAGGCACGAAAAAUAUUAAAACACACCAUGUUAAUACAAGAGGUAAUCAGUCAAGCCCGAGCCAGAUUUUCUCCUAAUAUACCCAUGAUCAAAAAGUGUAUAGAAGCAUUAAUUGACAAACAGUAUUUAGAAAGAACUAGCAAUUCUACAGAUGAAUAUAGUUAUGUAGCAUAGCAGGUCUUGUGAAGACAUCGUUUGAUUGUCAGCUGAUUCAAAAUAGUGAUAUUACAAGGGGGAAUAACUGGACAAAAUGAAAGCUAGUGUUUCAAUGCAGCCACAGUGAAUCUAGUAUCUAUGGUCCGCUGUAUAAAAGUAUUGUGUCAGCUGCAGUUUAUUUUAAUAUGAUUUUUUGUUACAACAUUUGAUAAUUAUGAAUAUAACAGGAAUAUCUUUUGAUUAGUCAUUAUUUAUAUCCUUCAGAUAAUGGAGCCUUCAUAAAAACAUUGAAAACAGUAUGAUCUGAAAAUUACAAGCUUGUGGCAUAAUCCUUUAAUAUUAAGUGGUAAUUUUUCUAUUAAGUAUAAGUUAUCUGGUAGAUAACAGAAUGACCUAGGUCGAACAAAAACUUAUCUUGUAAUAUGUUUAAUAAUUUUAACCCUUUGUGGUCAGCAAUUCUGAUUAAAUUUAGAUAAAUAUGAUUUUGUGAAUGUGAUUAUAGUUUAUUAUUAUGUGAAGUAAGAACUGACUAUGCUGAGUCAAAU